CAACGCUCAAAAAAACACACCAGGAGGUUCUUUGCAUUUUGCUGAAUUCGCGAACCAUUUUCCUUGGGGCAAUCACGUGCAGCUCUCGAAAGCCCUGAGUUCUUAACAAACCUCCAAGCUACACCAUUCUGUCCGUCUCAGGGAACCCACUCACCUGUCUAACUCCGGUAAUUAAAAAGGGGCCGUUAAGCCUCUUUGGCGGUUCCCCUGCGUAUAUCUCGCAGCUUGAAACUUUUUGAUACUCAACUCAUCACGUGAUAUCCGGGUAACACGCUAGAUGCCAGCACACUGCGUGCCACAACAUCGAGCGUGUAUCGAUCUGGUAUCAAUUUACACGCGGAGCCAAAAGUGCCGCAAUUCGCGCCAAUUCAUCUUAGUCUCCACCAACGCAUUCUCCGUUUCUCUUUGCUGCUUACCAAUUCAAGAUGAAGAUGUUAACGAAGUUUGAAUCGAAGUCGUCGCGGGCGAAGGGUGUGGCUUUCCACGCCACUAGACCGUGGCUUCUCGUCUCCCUCCACUCCUCCACCAUCCAGCUCUGGGACUACCGUAUGGGCACGCUCAUCGACCGUUUCGAGGACCAUGAGGGCCCUGUGAGAUCCGUUGCGUUCCACCCCUCCCAGCCGAUUUUCGCCUCCGGUGGCGAUGACUACACCAUCAAGGUGUGGUCCUUGCAGACCCGCAAGUGCAUGUUCACCCUCAGUGGCCAUUUGGACUACGUGCGGACCGUGUUCUUCCAUCAUGAGUUGCCGUGGAUUAUCUCCGCGUCGGAUGAUCAAACAAUCAGAAUCUGGAACUGGCAAAACCGCCAGGAGAUUGCCUGUUUGACCGGCCACAACCACUACGUCAUGUGCGCCCAGUUCCAUCCGUCAGACGACCUCAUUGUUUCCGCCUCUUUGGAUCAGACCGUCCGUGUAUGGGAUAUCUCUGGUUUGAGAAAGAAACACUCCGCGCCAACCUCCUCUGCCAGAUCGUUUGAGGACCAGUUGGCACGCCAGAACGCCCAGCAACAAGACAUUUUCGGCAACACCGAUGCCAUUGUCAAGUACGUGUUGGAGGGCCACGACAGAGGUGUCAACUGGGCCACGUUUCACCCGAAGUUGCCGCUCAUCGUCUCUGGUGGUGACGACAGGUUGAUCAAGCUCUGGAGAAUGAGUGAAACCAAGGCCUGGGAGGUUGACACCUGUCGCGGCCACACCAACAACGUGCCGUGUGUGCUUUUCCACCCAACCCAGGACUUGAUCAUCUCUGUCGGCGAAGACAAGACCAUCAGAACCUGGGACUUGAACAAGAGAACUCCAGUCAAGCAGUUUAAGCGCGACAACGACCGCUUCUGGUUGACCACCGCCCAUCCAUCGAUGAACUUGUUCGCAUCCUGUCACGACUCGGGUGUCAUGGUGUUCAAGUUGGACAGAGAGAGACCAGCCCACGCUGUCUCCCAGAACAAGAUGUUCUUCAUCAAUGGCGAGAAGCAAGUGCAGUACUACGACUACGACAAGGCCUCCACCUCCUUACCAAUGUUGACGUUGAAGAAAAUUGGCAAGUCCUGGUCCUCCAUCAGAACCUUAUCCUACAACCCUGCCGAGAGGUCCAUUUUGGUCACUAUGGGCGAGGCGGACGCCUCCACGUAUGCGUUGAUCCUGCUUCCAAAGGACGUUACUGGCGCUAUCGAGCCGACGGAUGUUCGUCAGGGUGAGGGCAACUCGGCCACCUUUAUUGCGCGUAAUCGUUUCGUCGCCUUCACCAAGUCUACCCAAACCUUGGACGUUAAGGACUUGACCAACAACACCACCAAGUCGAUCAAGCUUGACGGUGUUAAGGACAUUGUCAGCGCCGGUCCAGGCACUAUCUUGCUUUUGAAGGCCACUUCCGUCGUGCACUACGACGUGCAGCAACGUAAGGAGCUUGCGGAAAUCCUGGCCAACAACGUGAAGUAUGUCACCUGGUCCAAUGACGGGAACUACGUGGCAUUGUUGUCCAAGCACACCAUUACUAUUGCCUCCAAAUCCUUGGAACUCAUCUCCUCUAUGCACGAAACUAUCAGAGUCAAGAGCGCUGCUUGGGACGACACUGGGGUCUUAUUGUACUCCACCUUGAACCACAUUAAGUACACGUUACUUAACGGUGACAACGGGAUCAUCAAGACCUUGGAAAACACCUUGUACAUCACCCGGGUCCAGGGAAAGCAGGUGUUCUGUUUGAAUCGCGCGGGUAACGUGGAAAACCUCACCAUCGACCCGACUGAGUACCGCUUCAAGAAGGCGCUCGUCAACAAGAACUUCUCGGAGGUAUUGCGCAUCAUCAAGAACUCCAACUUGGUUGGGCAGAGCAUUAUCGCGUACCUCGAAAAGAAGGGCUACCCGGAAAUCGCGUUGCAGUUCGUGCAGGACCCGGAAACCAGGUUCGAGUUGGCCAUUGAGUGCGGAAACUUGGACGUUGCGUUGGCUGAGGCCAAGACCUUGAACAGCAAGUCCUCCUGGGAAAAGUUGGCCAAGGAAGCCUUGGUCCAGGGUAACUAUGCUACCGUCGAGUUAGGUUUGCAAAGAUUGAAACAGUUUGAGAAGUUGUCGUUCUUGUAUCUUGCCACUGGUGAAUCUGCCAAGCUUGCCAAGAUGGAGGCGAUUGCCGAGCACCUUGGCGACUACUCUUCGUUGGUGCAAAACACAUUUUACCGUAACUCGGUGGAGAAGCGUGUCCAGGUGUUGAUGGCCUCCGGGUUACACCCAUUGGCGUACGCUACCGCCAAGGCCAACGGUUUGGAUGAACUCGUAGAACAGAUUGUGGAACAAACUGGAAUUGACGAGGCGUCGAUCGUGCUUCCGGAGUUGGGUGCUCCUAUUACCUUGCCGGAAUCUCGUGGGGUCGUGGGCAACUGGCCAUUGAGAGAGUCUUCCCUUUCUUUCUUUGAACAGGCGCUAUUGGGCCAGGUAGAAGACCUCAACCUCAACGAAACCGAGGUUGAAACCAGACAAAUCACCAACGACUUUGAAUCCGAAGCUAUUUUCGACGACGAAGAUCUUGCUGGUGAGGACGCCUGGGACCUUGGCGAUGAGGACUUGGAUAUCGAGGUUGAAGAAGAGGUGGUGGUUGAAGAAUCCCUGAGUGCCGCGGCGGAGUUGAACCUUUGGUUGCGUAACUCGCACAGUGCCGCUGGACACGUUGCUGCCGGUUCCUUCGAAACUGCAGCGCAGUUGUUGAACCGUCAAGUGGGUGUUGUCAACUUUGAGCCGUUGCGUAAACGUUUCCUUGAGGUCUACCAGGCCAACAAGCUCUACGUUCCGGGAACUCCAGGGUUGCCAUCCUCUCAGGUGUUUAUCCGCGCUGACUUUACCGAAACCGAAAACAAGAAUGUGCACCCAUACAUUCCGGGCUACGAGAACGUGGAGGCCAGAUUACAUGAGGGGUUCAAGCAAUUCCGUUCCAAUAAACUAGAGGAGGCCAUUGCGAUCUUCCGUGACAUUAUCUACACCAUCACCGUUUCUGCGGUUCCGAGCACCGAAGAAGAAGACAAGUGCAAGGAGAUUCUCACCGUCUGCAGGGAGUAUAUCUUGGGUUUGUCGAUUGAGUUAGCCCGUCGUGCGCUUGACCCUGCAGACAUCAAGCGUAACUUGGAACUUGCCGCGUACUUUACCAAGGCCCAGCUCCAGCCAGCCCACAGAGUCAACGCCUUGCAAGUGGCCAUGACGCAGGCGUUUAAGAACAAGAACUUUGCCUCGGCGUCUUACUUUGCAGGCGAGUUCUUGAAGGUGGUUUCGACGGGUCCUAGAGCCGAGCAGGCGCAAAAGAUCAAGACCAAGGCGGACCAGUCGCCGUACGAUGCUUUGGAUAUCGAAUUCAAUCCGUUUGCCGAGUUCGAGAUCUGCCCUGCCACGUUUACCCCAAUCUUCAAGGAUGCGCCGUUCGUUUCUGAAGCCUUGACCGGUGCCAAGUACCAGCCAAGCGAGAAGGGCAAGAUCGAUUUCAUUACCGGAAUCACUGCCAUCGGUGCAUCGGCUUCUGGUUUGCGCGUUAUUGCCUAACCAUGUUCUCUUCUCUCCCUACCCCUUUCUUUCCCUGUUAUACUACUUCCUUUUUAUAGUGUUAAAAUUGCUUUAUACAGCGUUACCGAAAGCGGCAGUUUUGUAGCUGGAUGUAGACCGAUACUGGGUGAAGGUGAAAGGAACUUGCAAACGCCAAAUGCCAUAAUAAGGUAUCCCGCUCUUCACCCAUCAUACUUUUUUUGGUUCCUAACUGCAGAGUUCUACUGGUUAUUUCCGUUCGGAGAUACCAACUUGUACGACCUCUUAUUCUGAUUUCUUGACGCCAUAUGCGAUUCCUAUUCAUGCUUGAACUUUAUUUAUAUUAUACCUGCAGAUAUCCAUAAUAAAUGUCACCGUCGAC